AAUAAUUGUCAACUUGCUUUCGCAUUGAUGUAUUGCCAAAAUGUUUAUUUGCACUUUGUAGAAAAUUCUUAAUCAUUGUUUUCGAAUAAUUUACUUUGUAAUACAUAUAAUUGUUUAAAAAUAUAAAAUCUCCCGAAAAUCAUCCUUACGUUUAAUUAUGGCCGAUGAGACUGCAGUUUUGCUAAACAUCAGUGAAAUGAUUGAUUUGGCCAUUGGCACGCCAGAGGUAGGAGUGGUGGACUUCAAUAUGCUGCAGACCGUUCUUCACUGCUUGGCUCAGCAGCUCAGGGUCCUGGGUAAGAAUGUAGAACUGAGAGGCAGCGUGGUAACUUUACCAGUUGGACGGGAGAACGCAAAGACCAUUUCUAUUAGCGAAUAUGUUGUGGAUACUGAUGAGCCACAAGCAAGGAGAACAAAGAAAACGGAACUGGCCCCCACAGCACCCGUCGCAUUAACUGAACAAGAAACUAUAUUAGUCGUUGAAAGAGUCAAGAAGUCAGAUUCUCCAACUAUCCGAAGUUCGCCUCGAGACCGUUCUCCCGACCCGUACAUCUCACCAGUUUAUCCUCCACCACCUCCUGGCCAUCCGACGUCCUCCGAAAAGCUCUCCCUAGUAACCAUCAGCAAAUUCAACAUCCUAGAAAACACUGUGCAAGAUUUGAAGAAUCGGGUUUAUGGAAGUAUUCCAAAAAAUGAAGCUAUUCUCGAAGAAGUCAGAUCUCAAACUAAUUUAAAAGCCAUUACCGACAUGUGGACGUCUUUGAACGUUUCUUCUCGAUUAGAGGCUGCCGAAACUGGACUGACUAAACUCAGUUCAUUAGUGCAAGACUUGAUUGGUGAGACUACAGAACUUCAAGACGCUCUUAAACGACGCAGUUCUAAAACAUCAACAGCAGCCAUUCCGGCACCAGGCGCUGCUAUUCCUCCAUCGGCUGAUGCGUUUUCUCCGUCAGUCCCGGGUGCUCUUUCAUCGACCCCGGCUCCUACGUCAUCAACUCCAGCUCCUAUAUCAUCGACUCCAGCUCCUCUGACAGCCUCUACCCAACCAACUACCGCUCUUCUACCAAACGCAUCAAAAGAAGAUUUGGCUGCAAUUCAAGCACAUUUAGAUCGAUUGCAAGGAGACCUUGAUCACCUGACUAACACAUUCUAUUCCACUAUGGAGGACAUACAUGCUGGAUACACACCACCACCGCCGUCAUCUCCAACAUCAAAGGCUACGCCCUCAUCGCCUACAGCAGAGGCUACUCCCUCAUCCCCUACGUCAGCACUACCUUCUACACCAGUCGAACGCCGUCAGACACGCCGGUCUUUCUCCGACAUGUCAGCUAGUCUUUUGCAAAGAAUGAAUGACCUAGAGAAACAACUCAAGGAAUGCUGUGACAAAGUAGGCAAAAACGACGACGUCGUAUCCGAUCAGAUGCAGUCAUUCCAAGAUCAAUUGGAAUAUUUGAUGAAACAAGUAGCAGCACUAACUGAAGACUUAGGUGCUGGAAAGCUAUCACCAGAUCUGAUAAAAGAUCUGCAAGGAUUAAUGCACCUUUUUACGACUGUGCAAGAUAUGCAGGAACAAUUGAAGCAAGUACACGAAACUGCUCUUCAGUUGGCAGGCGAAAAAGAGGACCGGCAAAGUAACAUUAAUGCAUUGUUGGAACAAAUCGAACUGUUGAAGACUAUCAAAUUGGACAGAGAGGAUAUGGUAGAGGCUAUGGCUGAAAAAGCAGAUUUGCGAAUGCUUGCUCGAAAAGUGUCCCAUGACCAAUUCGAAUUGGCUUGUGACGACCUGUCUAGAGGAUUGGAGCAUGCUCUCGGAAAACUUAAUAUUCAGGAAGCUUUAUGGCAACAAGCUCUAGACGACAUACAGCGUGAAAUUGAGACGAAACUAGACAAGAUGGAAUUGUCACCAGUGAAAGACUUCUUUAAUAAUAAACUACGACAACUACAAGAGAAUUUGAAGCAAAUAGCAGCAAUGAGACGAGAAGCCGAAGCCGCUGGCACCAAGAAGAAAUUAUUGAGGGACGUUAACUGCAUAUCAUGUGAUGCUAAGGCAGUAAUGCAAAUGGAAGCAGCAAGUGCAUUGCCGGCCAGCAAGCCACUGCCCGCCAACCUGUCGAUGAAACCAUACCUCAGCUACGAACUAGAUGCAAUACGUAAGUCGCAGGCGAGUAAUCUGCAGCAAAGAAACAUGCACGACUGGGAAACCAUAGACAAGCAAAUGACAUCCAAACCAGUACAAAAAGCCAGAUCAGAAACAGACAAACAUAUAUGCAAUCGAUACUGCGGUGGUUCACACACCGUGACCACACCUGCGCAGCGCGUCGCUCGACUCGGACACUUCAUAAAACAGUGGGGGCCUGAUGUACUGCCGCUAUCUUCUGGACUGGCUGCCGGAGACGACGGAAGGAUGUACAAAGUGAGUACGGUAGAAGGAGCAAGUGUUGGACCAGGCGGAGCGGUGGAAGCAACCUGCACUCCAAAAUCACCACCAAGGAAACCGGAGCUGCCGAAACCACCUCAGAAGCCUGUGCCCAAUAAUACUGAAUGCCGUUGUUUAGAAGGGGGUAAAGAUAUAUAGGUACAUAUAGCAAUAUGAUUGUCAAUACUAACAUUCAUCCACCUGCAAAGGGGUCAAAUCACUUUGUAUAUUUUCUUAGAAUCCUUGUAUUUUUCUGUUUGUAGUUUACAAUUGUGAAAAUAUAUUACUGAUUGUGAGACGUUUGUAAAAUAAAAAGACUGUUUUACAUCA